AUGCCAUCUUCAUUCUCUUUGAAAGUACCAGCUUCUUCUGCCAAUAUAGGCCCUGGCUUUGAUGUGUUGGGAAUUGGCUUGAACUUAUACUUGGAAGUGAAGGUUUCCGUUGACCCCACCGUCGAUACCACUUCAGACCCAUACAACGCGCAGAUCACCUAUGAAGGAGACGGCGCUGAAGGUGUCCCCUUGGAUUCAUCCAAGAAUCUUAUUACACAGACUGCAUUGUACGUGAUGAGAUGCAAUGGAGUCACGGAAUUCCCCGUCGGAACUCAGAUCCACGUUAUCAAUCCCAUCCCGUUAGGCAGAGGAUUGGGCUCCAGUGGUGCAGCCAUCGUAGGUGGUGCCAUGCUCGGUAACGAAAUAGGUGAGUUUGGAUUCUCGAAGGAGAGGUUGUUGGACUACUGUUUGUUGAUCGAAAGACAUCCUGAUAACAUCGCAGCUGCCAUGCUUGGAGGAUUUGUCGGGUCAUAUUUGAAUGAGUUGUCUGGCGCUGAGACCGAGGCCAAGAACGUUGACUUGGAAUUCAUCUUGCCUAAAAGGGGUGUCACUGAUGAAUCCAAGAUCGUGCACACUCCACCACCAGCCGAUAUCGGCCAAUACCUCCAGUACAACUGGUGUCGUAAGAUCAAAUGCGUGGCAAUAAUACCACAGUUUGAAGUCUCUACUGACAAGGCAAGAGCUGUCUUACCUACAUCAUACACCAAGCCAGACAUUGUCUUCAAUUUACAGAGAUUGGCAGUUUUGACAACUGCUUUGACCCACGAGUCUCCAAACCAUAAGUUGAUUUACGAAGCAAUGAAGGAUAAGAUCCAUCAACCAUACAGAGCUACAUUGAUCCCAGGUCUAGUUGAAGUGUUGAGCAGCGUUACCCCAGACUCCCACCCGGGCUCUUGUGGGAUUUGUUUAUCUGGUGCUGGCCCAACCAUCUUGUGCUUGGCUACUGACAAUUUUGAGCAGAUUGCUGAGCAUGUCAUAUCCAUCUUCAAGCAAGAAGGUGUCACUUGUACUUGGAAACUUUUAGAUUUAGCAUACGAAGGUGCAACUGUUGAUAGAAAUUAG